AAGCGGAUCAGCUGGAGAUUGAUCGAUGAUGAAUCUGGAAGCAGGAUCCAGGUCCAGUAUGACGGACAGCAUCAUGAGCAAAGCUGCCACUAUGGAAAUUCCCAUCAACAGCAAUGGAGACACAAGGACAGCGGAUGAUGACAGCCUUGAACAGGAUCUGCAGCAGUUGAUGGUUUCUGGGCCGAACCUGAAUGAGACGAGCAUUGUGUCUGGAGGAUACGGAGGAGCUGCUGAAGGCAUCAUCCCUACCAGCUCCAUCAAAGGACCAGCUAUACUUUUCAACGAGGAGUAUUUUGAAAGGAGAUGUGGAAACGUCCCCAAGCCAGACAUGCACUCCAAACCUAGGAACAUUCCACCCAGCCAUUCAGCUGCUGCUCGGAUAGCGUGCCAGCCAGAUCACUACCCAGCUCCCAGCAUGCACCAGAGCCUGAGCAAUCCGAGUAUGACCUCGGAGGAGGCUGCACGUGGAAUCGCUGUGGAGAAGUUUGACAGUGUGAAGAAAUGGAGCAUCAGUACGUACAAGUGCACUAAGCAGAUGUUCUCAGAGCGGUUUGGCCGUGGUUCUCGGACCGUGGAUCUGGAACUGGAGGCUCAGAUCGACGUGCUGCGUGAAACCAAGCUAAAGUACGAGCACACCCUGACACUGGCACAGGCGCUCACCACCCACUUCUACAACGUCGUGCAGACACAGCAGGCGCUGGGAGAUACGUUCGCUGAUUUGAGUCAGAAAUCUCCAGAGCUGCAGGAUGAAUUUGGCUACAACGCAGAGACACAAAGGCUGCUCUGCAAGAAUGGAGAGACGCUGCUGGGUGCAAUUAACUUUUUUGUUUCAAGCAUCAACACUCUAGUCAACAAAACCAUGGAGGACACGCUAAUGACCAUCAAGAUGUACGAGAACGCGAGGUUGGAGUACGAUGCCUAUAGGACAGAUCUGGAGGAGCUCAGUGCUGGUCCUCGUGACGCUGCUGCUGUGGUGCGUAUUGAGUUCGCCCAGCAGGAGUACCAGAUCCACAAAGACAGAUAUGAACGGCUGCGCAGUGACGUCACCAUCAAACUCAAAUUCCUGGAUGAGAAUAAGGUGAAGGUGAUGCACAAGCAGCUCCUCCUCUUCCAUAACGCUAUCUCGGCUUACUUUGCUGGCAACCAGCAGCAGCUGGAACAAACUCUCAGGCAAUUUAACGUGAAGCUGAAGAGACCUGGAUCAGAGCGGCCGUCAUGGCUGGAGGAACAGUAACAAACUGUCGUACAGAGACACUGCAGAGUAAAUCUGUAGAGGUACAGAUGAGCUGGUGGGUGGAGUGGUGUGUGAUGUUUCUAAAGACACACAUGGAGUGAUGUGAAUAUAGGACGGACGGACGGACGGAUAAAAGUGUUAACAGAUGUAUGAAUGAAUGAAUGACGGGAUUUAGUGUUACCGCACCAUGAAAGCAGAUAUACUUUAUUUAACGACAGAUUUUAUUUGAAAGGAUGAGGAAGGUGAAUUCCUUCUUUCAUCACCUGUUUUUUGUCUUUGUAUUAUCUUUGAGAUUAUUUUGCUACGCGAAGUGAAACAUAUUCAUUCACGUAUUCGUUUAUGUAUGUGGUACACUUUAUAGGACUGUAGUUUACUUUUUACAAGUGUGCAAUCUUUAUUGGCAGGAAAUCAUCGUUUGCAUCUGUGUGUGUGUGUAUGUGUGUGUGUGUGUGUGUGUGUGUGUGUGCAGCAGUGUUUGCUGCAUUGGUUCAUUAGAAGCGGGGCAUGCAAUGUAUAAAUGUUUACAGUACGUUAUAAAAAGGUAAUUCAUGUAAAUGUAAAUUUCAGUGUAAAAUUCCACAUAUCAAAUUAAAGUCUUAAAGAGAA